GGGUGGUGCGGGGCCCGUCGGGAAGAUGGCGGCGGUGAGCGGGGUGGCUCAGGCCCGAGCGGGCUGCCGGGCCGGGUUGACCCGGUACUGUAGGAGGGUGGUGCUGGCACCGUUCUUCGGGUCUGCAGCGUAUUCUUCCGUGCCUGCAGUGAACAGCAGGGAAGGACAGCAGACGGAAGGUUCAGCUAGAAGAAGAGGCAGAACACCACAGUCUGUACGAGCACACAUACCUCCCAGAACUGAGAGGAUGGCUGUUGAUCAGGACUGGAGCAGUGUUUAUCCAACAGCAGCUACGUUUAAACCUGGCUCAGUGCCUCUCCCAGUUCGAAUGGGUUACCCAGUGAAGAGAGGAGUACCCCCAGCAAAAGAAGGAAACUUAGAACUUAUGAAGAUUCCCAAUUUUUUGCAUCUAACUCCUCCUGCAAUUAAGAAACACUGUGCAGCUCUUAAAGAUUUCUGCACUGAAUGGCCAAGUGCUUUGGACAGUGAUGAGAAAUGUGAACAACACUUUCCUAUUGAAAUUGAAACAAUAGAUUACAUUUCUUCAGGAACAUCUAUUCGUAAUCCCAAAGCAAGAGUGGUGACCUUAAGAGUUAAACUUUCCAACCUGAAUUUGGAUGACCAUGCAAAGAAGAAGCUCAUUAAACUUGUAGGAGAGCGGUACUGUAAGGAUACAGAUAUGCUCACAAUUACAACGGACAGGUGUCCACUAAGAAGACAGAACUAUGAUUAUGGCAUACACCUCCUCACAGUUUUGUACCAUGAAUCUUGGAAAACUGAGACAUGGGAGAGUGAGAAGGCUGAAGAAGACAUGGAAGAGUAUAUCUGGGAAAAUAGUCGCUCUCAGAAAAAUGCCCUGGAUACACUGAUUCGAAUAAAAGCCUCAGAGAAUGUCAGUAAUGUAACUAAGGAAGAGCUGCUUGCAUCUGAAGUAGUUAAGGAUUACAGAAACUCUGUAGUUGCACUCAAAAAUGAAGGUGAAACAGAAAAUAACAUGUCUCGGUAUAAGGAAUCUGUGAAGAAACUACUGAAUAUACAAGUUAGCCUGUGAGAGCAGACUUGGCUGAUACACCUGAUUAUUGUGGAAAUAUUAAACUACUGUGUUAAUAUUCCUAUAUGAUAUAAAUGUGUAAUUUUUCAGAACCUUAAUCAAAAACAUGAAACUUGAUGAUGAGUUAAUUUCAAUUAAUCCGUUUUUUUCCACCGGAUUUUCUUGUAAACAGUUUUCCUGUCCAUGACUCCUGUUCUUUAAAUAAAAUAUGUCUUGAGUCAUCUU